CGCGACGGCAGCGAUAUCUGUCGACGUACUUCCUUGAACGACCGAAACCCUGGGGCUGAUAGCUUGUCGCCUGUGCAUUGAAAUCACAGACUCCUCACCAUUGAUUGUUUCGAUUCUCUCAUCUUGAUCGUCGCGUUUCAUGCCCCGAUCCGUUCCUUAGAUCUGCGUGUAUCUCUGCCCUGUGCCCUAAGCUUCGAAUUUGGCCCGGAGGUUAUCUCGUUUUUGUUGCCGGGAGGUAGUUAGGCAGUUAGGAGAUGGAAUCUGACGGCGGGCGUGAAUCGAUCAGGCCGGCUACGGCGGAGGAGGAGGCGGUGAAAGGAAGCACCGACUGCGUCUAUUUCUUGGCGUCACCAUUGACCUGCAAGAAGUUUUCCAUCAUUCAGGGGAGUGAAUGUGAGUAUCGUCAUAGUGAGGGUGCCAGAAUUAACCCCAGGGAUUGCUGGUAUUGGUUAAAUGGUAACUGCCUCAAUCCCAAAUGUUCAUUCCGCCAUCCGCCACUUGAUUCCUGGUUCGCGAAACCGAUGCCUACCUCAGGACCUCUUCAACCUCCUCCAACUGCAGUGUCAACACAAAUCCCAGAUGCACGUGCUCCACCUAAUAAUGCCAGUAAGAAGAGUGCUCCCUGCUACUAUUUUCAACGGGGGCAGUGUUUGAAAGGUGAAAGGUGUCCCUACACGCAUGGGACAUAUGCAGUUAGCAGUUAUGCUUCACAGAAGGUUGCAAAGGCUUCUACUUGUCUUGUUGAACCACCACAAAUCAUUAAGGAGGAUACACAGCAGAACAUCACCAUGCAACAGAAUGUCACUGAAUUCAGUGUUGAUAAACGAAAGAUGGCCAUUGAGAUGCCAGUUGAAAUGCCACCUAAAGCAAAACUUGUCACCAAAGCUGAGAAACCUGAUGGUGAUUCAUCAGAAAAUAAAUUAUUUUUACCUUACUCAUUGGAUGAUGGGCUUCCUAAAUUGCCACAGAAUUAUGUUGCCAUUAGCAGUGGCUAUUCUCUAAGCAAACCGUGGAGUCAUCAGAUGGAGCCUUCAGAUGGGCAAACUGAGAACAAUAAGGAUACUGAUGAGUUCUUGCGUGAAUACUCCCCUGGUUUUGAUGUCCUAGUCGAAGAUGACAUCAAAGACCCUGAUUACUUUCACAAUGAAGAUAACUUUAGAAUGGCAUCUAAUCAUGGAGGACAGAACCUGGAAGCUGAAGAUGACUAUGACUACCACCAUUACAAUUACCAAUCUAUGACCAACUUUGAAAGGGAUCAAUGCAAUGGCAUAGAAAAAUAUGACAGCUACAAACAAACAGGUGGUACAUAUAGCUGGGAUCCAAAAGUUUCUGACAGAAUUUUGGACAAACCAUCAUCACUCAAAAGAAGAGUGCUUGACAAAGAGACAAAACUGGAUCAGAUGGAUGACUUAGAUUUGCGCCAUCGGCUACUUAAACAAAGGUGUCAUGGUUCAAGGUCCAUGGAUAGCCGUGAUGAUCAUGGUGAGCACUACUGUAGGGAUGAUCACUGUGCUGAGAGAGGUUAUGGUCAUCAUUCCCGAGAUCAAAGGCAAUUUCCUCUGGAGAAUUCCAUAGGCACUCGUCUACAAGGUAGAAUAACAUUUCCUGGGCGAUUGGAGAAAGAGAGGAGCAGGAGACCUCGUGGCAGACAGUCACCAACAGAGCGAAUGAACCAUCAGAGAACACAUCCUGAAAGAAUAAGGCAGCAAUUUAGUGAGGAUUUCAGCAAAGGUACAAGUAUUAGAAACAAACCAACUAGAAGAGAUGACAUGAACUCUCUAGAUUUUGCUAGUCCAAAAUCUCUGGCAGAGUUGAAAGGUGCAAAGAUUAAUGGGAACUCGAAUGAACAGUCAAUCAGAAGUAGCAGUCCUAAUACCAAGAUGAAUAGAAUGCUGUCUGAAAAAGUGGAGGUGCUUCAGGAAUCAGAAAAUUCUCUAUCAUUUGAAGGUCCAAAGCCACUGAGUGUCAUCUUGAAGAGAAAAAGAGAGUCGGCAUACACAAACAGUGGAAUUUCUCUGAGUCAAUAUGAAAACAAUCAAGGUGGUGGGGAAUCUGCUACCAGGGAUUAUGUGCCUGCAGCAGUAACAAUUUUGCAAUCUGUUCCUUCAUCAGAAGCUGGAAAGGAAGCAACUUUUAUGAAUGGCAACCAUGAAGUAGAUAAGCUUAGAGCAGUUGAUGAGGAGGGUUUGAUCCUUAAAGAUGAUGGGAAAACCAAUGAUGCUCCAUCUUCAACCAUAGCUGAUGCUGUUGAAAUUGGAGAUGGUAUGGAUUUGGAAAAUGUGGAAGAUGAAGAACUGGAAAAUAGUUAUGAAGCAGGGAAGUUUAAAGCAGAAGAUGCUGAGAAAACCUGUCAGGUUGAUGAUGAUGAGCUUGACGAUGAGGAUGACUUUGCUAGAAAGGUCAGUGUCAUGUUAUCCUGAACACAUGUCAGUUUUGCUAAUCAAGCAGAAUAUGAGAGAACACAUUUCAUGUUGAUGAAGAUGAGUUUGACGAUGAGGAUGACUAUGCUAGAAAGGUCAGUGUCAUGUUAUCCUGAAGUUAGAAGUUAAUGAACAUCAGUUUUGCUUAUCUUGGUGUUCUUCAAGAGGCCUAUCAUUUAACUCUUGGAAGAUAAUGGUGGCACUUACAAAAUUUUAGAUGCAAACAGUGCCAAAGCCUUUCUCUCCUGUCUGGUUCACGUGGAGACCGAGUCGAAGGAUAGCGAGUUGGAUAUAGUCAAAAGCCCUCUGUAGAGGCCUACUUGUGUUUUAAUGCCUUUAGGUCUUCAGAAUCUUUUUUGUAUUAGAUAUCUAAUGUGGCAAAGUAUUCAUUCUGUUUCAGUGCAUCAAAUAUAUAACGAAUGAAUCAACUUGAAAAUGGUGCUAAACAAAAGAGUUCUAUUGGUUC